UACAUCUGUGUUCACUAUACAUCACCAGCACAUCUGUGUUCACUAUACAUCACCAUUACAGCUGUGUUCACUAUACAUCACCAGUACAUCUGUGGUCACUAUACAUCACCAGUACAUCUGUGGUCACUGUACAUCACCAAUACAUCUGUGUUCACUAUACAUCACCAGUACAUCUGUGUUCACUAUACAUCACCAGUACAUCUGUGUUCACUAUACAUCACAAGUACAUCUGUGUUCACUAUACAUCACCAAUACAUCUUUUUUCACUAUACAUCACCAGUACAUAUGUGUUCACUAUACAUCGCCAGUACAUCUGUGUUCACUAUACAUCACCAGUACAUCUGUGGUCACUAUACAUCACCAGUACAUCUGUGGUCACUAUACAUCACCAGUACAUCUGUGUUCACUAUACAUCACCAGUACAUCUGUGUUCACUAUACAUCACCAAUACAGCUAUGUUCACUAUACAUCACCAAUACAUCUGUGUUCACUAUACAUCACCAUUACCAAUACAUCUGUGGUCACUAUACAUCACUAGUACAUCUGUGUUCACUAUACAUCACCAGUAUAUCUGUGUUCACUGUACAUCACCAAUUCAUCUGUGUUCACUAUACAUCACUAGUACAUCUGUGUUCACUAUACAUCACCAAUACAUCUGUGUUCACUAUACAUCACCAAUACAUCUGUGUUCACUAUACAUCACUAGUACAUCUGUGGUCACUAUACAUCACUAAUACAUCUGUGUUCACUAUACAUCACCAGUACAUCUGUGUUCACUAUACAUCACUAGUACAUCUGUGUUCACUAUACAUCACUAGUACAUCUGUGUUCACUAUACAUCACCAAUACAUCUGUGUUCACUAUACAUCACCAAUACAUCUGUGUUCACUAUACAUCACUAGUACAUCUGUGUUCACUAUACAUCACCAGUACAUCUGUGUUCACUAUACAUCACCAGUACAUCUGUGUUCACUAUACAUCACCAGUACAGCUGCGUUCACUAUACAUCACCAGUACAGCUGUGUUCACUAUACAUCACCAGUACAUCUGUGUUCACUAUACAUCACUAGUACAUCUGUGUUCACUAUACAUCACCAGUACAGCUGUGUUCACUAUAUAUCACCAGUACAUCUGUGUUCACUAUACAUCACCAGUACAUCUGUGUUCACUAUACAUCACCAGUACAUCUGUGUUCACUGUACAUCACUAGUAAAUCUGUGUUCACUGUACAUCACCAGUACAUCUAUGCUCACUAUACAACACUGCAACUGUUCGCUGCAUAUCAUCCCCACAUCUGUGUUUACUGAGCAGAUACAACAUUAAUCACUGGGGUAUUUCAAGAUAUGUGCGGCGUCAUGUCGUGUGUGUUGCACUUAUCACCAAGACAGAAACACAGGAAGUCAUCCUCCCCGAUUUUCCGACACGAUAGAUCUGCAGAAGACGCUCUGUCCCACGUUGGAUUCUGGUCUGUGCAUCCUCUGUGAACAAC